AUGAAUAGAAGAACAACUGCUGCGGUUCAAACUCCAGCUGGAUGUUCUAUACCGUUCGAAGUGGAAACUGGAGUGAGCCAAGAGGCCGUGGUAAGACCCUUUCCGUUCAACGUUGCCGUCAGUGACAUAAUGCGAAGAACAGUUGAACAGUGUCACGCCGAUGUCAUUUUAGCACCGUCAAUACGUCCCUUAGUGGAGCUCAAGUACGCCCAUGAUGUAGCACUAUUCGCUUCUAGCAGCGCGAGGUCGCAACAUGUUGUUAACCUUGCAUCGAAAUUAGCUGCAGCCUACGGACUGCUACUCUGCCCUUAUAAACGCAACCAGAUGUGGAUCUUCAUGGUCUCCAUGGUCUCCAUCUUCAUGAGUUCUAUUAUUUGGGCUCUAUGCCGGAAAAAGAUGGCAACUCGAGAGAGAGAUAUUCAGCAAGGAUGCGCUAAGGCUAGUUCGCCAUUCAUCUAA